AUGAGGAAAAGCAAAGGAACUGGAGAGAUAGUUGAAGUAGAAGGAGGUGGUCGAAUCGUUAGAUCACUCAGAAGAAAAGAUCAUCAUAGCAAAGUCUGCACAUCAAAGGGUCCGAGAGAUCGGCAUGUUCGUUUAUCAGCCAACACAUCGAUACAGUUUUAUGAUGUUCAAGACAGGCUUGGGUAUGAUCGACCCAGUAAAGCCAUUGAUUGGAUGAUGAAGGUGUUGGGUUUUGAGCACUAUAACACUUCAUUGAUGCACUCGAAAAUGAUCACCAUGAGCAUGAGUUUCUUAUAUCUGUUGUCGAUACCUCUGAGGCAUUUCAUCGAACAGGUGGUGAGUGGAACAAGGAGAUCUCCACUCUUGCGAAAAUCAGUGGUUUUGAUGACUACCCAAUGGGGGUAA